UGGAGAGAGAUAUCCUAUACUCAAAUAUUCCAUAAAUUAAAUACUUUUAUUGCCAAAGAUCUUAGAAAACAUCUUUAAGAUAUCUAAAAUAUCCCUUUUACCACUGAAGCUCUCCGUAACACAGAAUUGAAGUGACUGAAAAUGUCUCUGUUGGAGAGUACUCGACGGCUAUUCAGCAGCACCUCUCUGGCUAACAGGUACCAUGGACUGAUAAACCAGGGAGCGACAGAUUACUUGAACAGUGUGCUGCAGGUGCUGUUCAUGACCGAGGACUUCAGAGAGGCUGUGACAAGGUACUCUGGAAAAAAUCCUCACUCUGAGUUUCUUGAUCAUCAUCUUAAAGUCUUAUUUGAUGACUUACAGAACCACACAGCAUACUCAUAUAAAAUAACACAGAAGCUGGGCAUUGACAAUGUGUAUGAACAGCGUGAUGCUGCAGAGUACUUGGAGAGGGUUUUAAGAAUGACCAGUCCAGAUGCAUCAAAGAUCUUCCACGGUCAGUUAGUAAACAAGACCAUCUGCUCUAAAGGUCAUAUACAGACUGACAGAGAUGCACCUUUUUGGCUUCUUCCUCUUUCACUGGUGGAUUCCUGCAGUGAAGACUACAGCGUGGUGAAGGGCAUUGAAGAGUUUUUUAAACCUUCAGAUUUCUGUGGAGAAAAUCAGCUGUACUGUGAGCAGUGUGAUGACAAAGUUGAUGCUACUAUGGUGAAUGUAAUAAAGCAUCAUCCAGAUGUUUUGUGUCUGCUGCUGAAGAGGUUUGAGUUCAACUAUAAUUACAUGUCAUACUUCAAAAUCACCUGUUCUGUGGAUGUUCCUGAAACCCUGCAGAUACCAGAGAGUCAGAAAUAUGAACUAUAUGCGUUUCUGGAUCAUUUUGGGGAUCUGAGAGGUGGACAUUACUCCGCCACAAUAAAGAUCCAGGAGCAACAUGGAGACAGAUGGUAUCAGUUUGAUGAUACCAGGGUCACAGAGCUUGAUUUUCAGCCAUUCCAGCUGGAUAACACUGAGAAGUCCCAGACUACAUAUCUUCUGUUUUAUAGCAAAAAGAAAGUGGUCGUACCAGGAGGUGCGCAGACUGCUAAUAAUAAAUACCAUGGGCUGGUAAACCAAGGUGCGACGUGUUACCUGAACAGUGUGCUGCAGGUGCUGUUUAUGACCGAAGACUUCAGAGAAGCUGUGAAAAGGUCCUCCAAACAAAAUGCUGGCAUAGGGCUUCUUGGUGCCCUUACAGACUUGUUUGAUAAUUUACAGAAACAAACAGCAAACACACACAAAAUAAUAACCCAGCUUGGCAUCAACAGAGUGUAUGAACAGCGAGAUGCUGCUGAAUGCAUCGAGAAGAUUUUAACAAUGACCAGUCCCGAGGCAUCACAGAUCUUCUACGGUCUGUUAGCAAACCAAAUCACCUGCUCUAAAGGUCAUAAAGAGACUGACAGGGAUGCACCAUUUUGGCAUCUUCCUCUGUCAUUGGUGGAUUUUUACAAUCAAGACUACAGUGUAACAGAUGUAAUAAAACAUCACCCAGAUGUUUUGAUUCUGCUGCUGAAGAGGUUCAGCUACAGUUACAUGUCCUACUUCAAAACCAGCUGUUUUGUGGAGAUUCCCUACAGCCUGCAAAUACCAGAGAGGGAGGUGUACGAACUGUAUGCAGUUGUGGAUCAUUUUGGUGGUGUGAGAGGUGGCCAUUACAGCGCAACAAUCAAAACUCAGGAUGAAGACAGAUGGUAUAAGUUUGAUGAUACUCAGGUCACACCGCUUGAUUACCAACCAUUCCAGGAGAAAUCCCAGAGUGCAUAUCUUUUAUUUUACAGAAAGGCAAAAAGCAAGAGUCAUAAUUGUUACCACAGGCAUCUGUUUCUUUAUAUUUUUUUUAUUUUAUUAUGUAUUUUUAUUAUUCAUGCUGUAGAUAGUUAAAACAGGCAGGUUGUCCACCUGCAAUCAGUGGCAAAUAUGACCAGAGAGAAGACGCUUAUGAGAAAGCAAAGUCAGUUAUCACACUGCAGAGUCAUAAUACACACAAAAAUGAUGGAAAGUAUAAUUACAGUGAUAAUUAGUGUUGGAUCUGAACUCUGCUGUAAAUGAGAUUACCCAGUAAAUGAAGGUUUUUCAGGACACUUGGGGGAGAAAUGGACACAAAGAAAUUGUCCGGCAU